AUGGCAGUCAACAUGACUCCUAUUCGGGACACAAAAUGGCUGACCCUGGAGGUGUGUCGUGAGUUCCAGAGAGGGACGUGCUCGCGGCCGGACAGCGAGUGUAAGUUUGCACACCCUGCCAAGAGCUGCCAGGUGGAGAAUGGACGAAUCAUCGCCUGCUUUGACUCCCUCAAGGGUCGUUGUUCGAGGGACAACUGUAAGUACCUACACCCUCCUCCCCACCUGAAAACCCAGCUGGAGAUCAACGGCAGGAACAACCUGAUACAACAGAAGAACAUGGCCAUGCUGGCACAGCAGAUGCAGCUGGCCAACGCCAUGAUGCCCGGCACACAGCUACAGCCGGUCCCCAUGUUCUCUGUGACGCCCGGCCUUGCCUCCAAUGCCAGUCCUGCUGCGGUGGCCGCUGCGUUUAACCCCUACUUGGGCCCGGUGUUGCACGGCCUGAUGCCUUCUGAGAUCAUGUCCAGCGCCCCGGUCCUGGUGACCAGUAGCCCCAACGUCUCCAUGCCCUCUGCUGCUGCCGCACAGAAACUCAUGAGGACAGACAGACUGGAGGUGUGUCGGGAGUACCAGAGAGGUAACUGUACGCGGGGGGAGAGUGACUGUCGCUUCGCCCACCCCUCAGACAGCACCAUGAUAGACACCAACGACAACACCGUGACCGUGUGUAUGGACUGCAUAAAGGGUCGCUGCUCCAGGGAGCAGUGCAAAUACCUCCACCCUCCAGCCCACCUGCAGGCCAAGAUAAAGGCUGGCCAACACCAGGUCAACCAGGCUGCCGCAGUAGCUAUGGCUCAGUCGGCUGUCAAAUCACUGAAGCGACCCCUCGACGCAACCUUUGACCUGGGGCUCCCACCUUUACCUCCAUUACCAAAGAGACCCACACUUGAAAAAUCCAAUGGUGCCACCGCCAUGUUCAACGCCGCCAACAUGUUCCAGUACCAACAGGCCCUGGCCAACAUGUUCCAGUACCAACAGCAGCAGUUCAUCCCGUCGGGCUCAAUAUUGUGCAUGACACCUGCAACAACUGUUGUACCCAUGAUGCACGGUGCCACGCCCGCCACUGUGUCUGCAGCCACCUCCUCUGCCACAAGCGUUCCCUUUGCAAACGCAACAGCCAAUCAGAUUCCAUUAAUAUCCACAGAUCAUCUUACUAGGCACAAGUAUGUGACUCAGAUCUAG